GUCAGCGUUUGGCUGUCAGAUGCACAGGAGGGUGGAUGCGCGUCUACAACCGUUCUGUGGUGUGUCUACUACUGCAAGAUUAAAAGCGGCAGACAGGGGCACCCGGAAGGCACAGAAGUGAAGAACAAAAGAUGAACCGUUUCAGGAUUUCGAAAUUUAAAAACACCACCCCGAAGAUCCCCAAGAAAGAUGGCUGGAUCAGCGACAUCAGGGCCGGCUCCUUCACCUCAGUGGGGAACCACAUAAAAUCCAGCUGCAGGCUUGUGGCCUUCAACACCGAGCAGGCUGGUGGUGGGAUUCUGGGUUUGGCUUCACUGGAGCCAGGAUCUCAUGGCGAGUGGACCGUAUCGCACAUACCCUGUCACGGUGACCAGGUGACAGAUUUUGACUUCUCCCCAUUCGACGACAGCCUGUUGGCCACCUGCUCUGCGGAUGAGACGGUGAAGCUGUGGCAUGUUCAGGCUCCAGAGGAGGAGCAGCCCAGCUCAGCGGAGGUGACCCUGACCCCGGGGGAGGGGCGUUUGGAGACCGUGCUCUUCAACCCCGCCUCCUCCGGCCUCCUGGCCCUGGGCUCCUCCCACAGGGCCCAGGUGUGGGACAGCAGCCGUGACGCCCCCCUGGCAGCUCUGGAGCAGCACCCAGACCAGCUGCAGGGUCUGACCUGGAAGCAAGAUGGCUCCCUGCUGGCCACCACCUGCAAGGACAAAAAGCUGAGAGUGUUUGACCCCAGAGCCCAGCUGACACCUGUGCAGAGUGCAGUCGGCCAUCAGAACCACAAGGACUCACGCAUACUGUGGAUCAAGGACUCGGACCACAUCCUGACCACUGCCUUUAAUCAGGUACGGGAGAGAGAGGGCCGUCUCUGGGACAGCAGGAAGCUGAGCUCCUCUCUGGCCUCAGUGUCACUGGGCAACGCCAGUGGCACCCUGAUCCCUCUGUUUGACCCCGACUCUGGCCUCCUGGUGGUGUCUGGAAAGGGUGACAGUGUGAUUGACUGCUUCGAACUGAACGACUCGGAGCCCUACUUCUCUCAAGUGAGUCACUGUCUGACGGAGGCGCCCUCGCGCGGCGUUGCCAUGGUGCCCAAGCUGGCUCUGGACGUGAGCUCCUGUGAGGUGCUGAGGGUGCUGCAGCUGACCGACAGCUUCAUUGUGCCCGUCAGCUACCAAGUGCCCCGCAAGGCAGGGCAGGACUUCCACGCAGACCUGUACCCAGACACCCUGGGGCAGACGGCCGCCAUGUCUGCAGAGGAGUGGUGGCAGGGCGAGAACCGGCAGGUGCAGAGGGUCAGCCUGCACCCAGACAAGCGGCCGAAGCCCGGCGCCACGGCAACCAAGAAAGAGCCUGCUAAGAGGGAACCGUCGAGUGGGAGGAGCAAAGAGCAGGAGGCGCCCGCGGGCUGCUCCUCCUCCAGCAGUCCCAUGACCACGCCCAGCAGCAGCGCCGCUCCCUCCCGCUCGCCCUCCUCCACCAGCGGCCUGUCCUCCGGCUUCCUGCCCAGCCCCAGCCAGAGCACCAAGGCCAUACAGAGCAUGCUGGGGCCCAGCUCUAAGUUCCGGCACAUCCAGGGUCACGUCCUGCACCGGGACACCCACUUCACCAACCUGCGGGGCCUGAACCUGACCACCCCCGGGGAGAGCGACGGCUUCUGUGCCAACAGCGAGCGCGUGGCCGUGCCCCUCGCCAUCUCAGGGGGCCAGAUCGGCGUGUUCGAGCUGUCCCAGCCCGGGAAGCUGCCCGACACGGCCCUGCCCACCAUCCAAAACAGCGUCAACGUCGCAGACCUCUGCUGGGACCCCUUCGACACCCACAGACUGGCAGUGGCGGGGGAGGAUGCUAAGAUCCGGGUGUGGCAGGUGCCCAAGGGAGGCCUGGUGGAGAUGCUGACGGAGCCAGACUGUGUUCUACGGGGCCACACAGAGAAGAUCUACUCGCUGCGCUUCCACCCCCUGGCGGCCGGCCUGCUGGCCUCCUCCUCCUACGACCUGUCCCUGCGGCUCUGGGACCUGGAGGCCGGGGAGGAGGUGAAGCAGCUGCGUGGGCACCAGGACCAGAUAUUUGGGAUGGCGUGGAGUCCGGACGGCCAGCUUCUGGCCACUGUGUGCAAAGAUGGGAAAGUGCGCGUCUACGACCCGCGCAAGUCUGCCGAGCCCAUAAGGGAGGGCCCCGGCCCCGAGGGCCACAGGGGGGCCCGGGUCGUGUGGGUGUGCGGGGGGCAGUACCUGCUGGUGUCCGGGUUCGACAGCCGCAGUGAGAGACAGCUGUACCUGUACUCCUCCCAGUCCCUGUCCUCCGGUCCCGUGGCCACCACCUCCACCGACGUCUCCCCCUCCACCCUCAUCCCCUUCUACGACCCGGACACCAGCGUGCUCAUCCUCACCGGAAAGGGCGAUACGCGCGUGUACAUCUAUGAGAUUGAGCCAGAAGCUCCCUACUUCAUGGAGUGCAGCUGCUUCAGUUCUACUGAGCCACACAAGGGCAUGUCCUUCCUGCCGAAGACGGAGUGUAAUGUGCCCGACGUGGAGAUCGCCCGGGCUCUGCGCCUCACCAAGACCACCAUCGAACCCGUGGCCUUCAGGGUGCCUCGCGUCAAGAAAGAGUUCUUCCAGGACGACUUGUUCCCGGACACGGAGGUGUGGUGGGAGGCCGCCAUGACCGCCUCCGCCUGGCUCUCCGGCUCCAACGGACAGCACCGCAAACUGAAACUGCGGCCCAAAGACAUGGCCCCCGUGAGUGAGGCUCCCAAAGAGGCCCCAGUGAGGAAGUACAUGCCCUCGUCAUACUACCUGGAGGAGAAGACUGAUGAGCAGAAGAAGGAGGAGCUGCUCAGUGCCAUGGUGGCCAAACUGGGGAACAGAGAGGACCCACUGCCACAGGAGUUAUUUGAGGGAGUGGAUGAGGAUGAGUGGGAUGAUUAGAGGAGCCUGUUUACCACCAGGUCCAGUCAGGGUGCCAAAAGCAGCCCCCCAGAGAGAGGAGGGGGGUCUGGAAAACACGCCAUUCCUGUGUGCCGAAACCUCGACACGCCACACACACCUCACACAGCACACACACUUCACACAGCACACACACACACACCUCACACCACACACACACACACACACCUCACACACCACACACAGAGCUUCCUUUUACCUGAUAUCCACGAUCCACACUCCAAUCUCAGCAAAACCAGUGCAACCAGACAUCCCCAUAGCUUACAUUACAUUACAUUACAUUACAUUUCAGUUAUUUAGCUGACGCUUUUAUCCAAAGCAACUUAAACUUGAUUUGACAAAGCAGAGCCAAUCCCCCCCUGGAGCAAUGUGGGCUUAAGGGCUUUGCUCCAGGGCCCUACAGCUGCACUUAUUAUGGUUACAUGAGGGUUUAAACCACCAAUCUUCUGGGUUGCAAGAUAAGCAACUUCGCCACUAGGCUAUAGGCUGACCCCAGUGUGCAGGCCGUACCACCUCAAUGUGCUGUAGCACCUCACCUGCAACGCACAAUCGCCCCAAACGUCUUUACAACUGGACAUCCCUGCCACCUCAACGUCCCCGCAACGCACAAUCGCUCAAAUGUCUUAACUGGAGAAGUCUGAACGACCGGAGAGAAACGGACAGUUCAGACGCGCAGCAAAGAGCACACUUGAACAGAAACAGGGUUAGGGUCGGAGCAGAGCUGCUGGUUAUUCUGUAGCCAGGCUCGACUGCUCCGUCAAAACUCAACUGGAAUCAGGUCACUUCUACGUUCUGAAAGAGUUUGAAUUUUUUAUAGUGCACUCCUUCUGUGAAAAGAACCUCUCCUUGAAAUGCUAAUUUGUGAGAUUGCUUCCUGAUAUUAUCCCCCCCCCCCCAUAAAAACAAAACAAAAAACACCACACCCACCAACCACACUCACAUAUCAACUUGCAGCAGUCAGACUGGCUGUCACUCAACAUGACUCAUUCACACUUACCCAAUUACUAACUUUACUGCUCAGUGACAUCAUAGAGGGGCAUGGCCCCUGACUCUGGAAUAUUUUCUUCUUUUUUUUUCUUUUUUUUUCCAAAACCCAUGUUUGACUCGGAACCUAGAGUCUAAGAUCAAAUGACAUAAUUUCUUAGGGAAAGUUAAGGGCAAAUUCAUUACAUUUUCAACAAAGGUCAAUAAGGGUAGCAGACUGCGUUUAUAAAAAGAAACCACAGUCUGAUUGAUUACACAGGCAACCUCCUCAGCAAUGCUAGACCAUUCACCUAGUCUUCGUUUAUUAUAUCUCAGUCGGGUGAUCCUGAAAGAUGGCAGGAAUUAUUUGACUAUCUGUGGGGAUCAGGGUUGGGGGCUCGUUUCUGUACGGAUAAUCGUGUUUGUCAGAGUGGCGUUUGGUUCACGUGUCAGUCGCAGUGACUCCUGUGGUUUAAUAUUGAUAUUAUGUGUUGCCUCUGAAUCCACUCUCUCCCUUUGGGAGUUUUGUCAGGGCAUUUUUAUCUUUCAGAAAUCUUCCAGGUUUUACACCGUGGCAAUUGCACGCUCCUUUUUAUAUGCUGUAUAUGUUUAACUGGAAUCUCUGUUCUUUCUAACAGUCAGUGACAGUUGGAGACAUUCCUUGUUUGAGGGACACAUUCUUUGACUUUUUACAAAUUUGAUAUAGAUAGCAUUCUUUUUCUUUUCCUUUAUGUAACACAGUAUUGAUAAUUAUUCUGUGCAAUCAGUUUAAAUCCAGGAUUUAUUUUUCAUCAGGGCUACAAAACAGGGCAAUACUUAGAAAAUGUUUUCAACUAAUCAUGUUUACAAAAAAAAAAGAGAGAGACUGGAAUUAGUGUACAGUGUGUGGCAUGGCAUGGUACGUACAGUAUAUUCUGUAGCAAUUAGAUGUUCAACACGCACACACACCUGUGACACCUUGUGUGACGUGUCAGUCUGUAAUGUGUGUCUGUCUCACUUGUGCCUCCUCCAUUCUCACUAAUGUCUUGUGUCACGUGUUCUACCUGGGGAAACUAACGUACACAAAAUAAUCUUUUUUACUUGGAAUAAUGUUUCUUUUCUCCUCUUUGUCUUUAGAAGUUAAGUGGGAAUGUUGCCUUUCAAUAAAUACCUUUUGAAAACAA